CCUUCCCCUGGAGUGGGCAAGUUGCGCCUAUAUCCCACCCCGGGCCUCUCCUCAUCCCCAGGUUUAGCAGGCUGAGGAAGAACCGCAGUGGCGUGGUGCUUUGAGCAUGAACUAUGCCUGCCUCCUCGAAGGAAUGCUGUUUGACACCGCUUGAACUGCCAUGGCCCAAUGCUGUGGAAUCAUGGGAGAUGUAGUUUGGUGAGGCACGCAGCCCUCUCUAGCAGAGAAGGCUAAAGGCCUUGCGAAAUUACAACUCCCGUGAUUGCGUUGAGCCAGUGGUGUCGAACUGCAUUAAUUCUACAGCAGGCCUGGGGAAACUUCGCCCCCCCCCCAGGUGCGUUGGACUUGGGUAGGCUGUUAGGAAAUGUGGGAGUUGGAGUCCAAAACACCCGGAGGGCCGAAGUUUGCCCAGGCCUGUUCUAGUGUAUAUUAGUGGUGCCCAGGAUCAUAGCCAGAAAAAAAAGUUGGGGGGGUUGAUUUUUUUUUUUUAGCGAAUCAUGAACGCGAAAUAAUUUAGAAAUCAGGCUCCAUCGAUAAACUUCAUGGGGAUUUGGUUAAUCAGUUAACAUUCAUGAGUAAUCCGGGUUUUUUUUUUUUAAAAAAGCCUGAAAAAUUUCGUGGGAGGGGGCUUGAACCUCUACCCCCCUCCCCGGCCCGGCUACAGUCCUGGUGGUACCCAACCUUUGGUCUUCCAGGUAUUUUUGAUUUCAUCUCCCAGAAAUCCCAGCCAGUUUAGGAAUUGUGGGAGCUGAAGUCCAAAACACCUGGUUGAGUGGUUCUCAACCUGUGGGUCCUCAGGUACUUUGGCCUACAACUCCCAGAAGUCCCAGCCAGUUUACCAGCUGUUGGGAUUUCUGGGAGUUGAAGGCCAAAACAUCUGGGGACCCACAGGCUGAGAACCUUCUAUAUACCUUCUGAGGUAUCAAGCAACUGUUACCAUCAGCAAGUUCUGAAAUGUUUUGCCCCAAUCUCCUUGUUUAUAUUUUGAACCCAUUGGCUCAAAUCCUAUCGUGCCGAGAGGCAUCCCUUUCUCUUCGGGCACACAGAUACCGACAGCUACCGCUUCUUCAAAAGAAGCGCCAGAGGGCACCUUCUUUGGCCCCGCCCCCACCCUGAGCCAGCCACGCCUCCUAGUGGGCGGAACCACGGCGAGAGACCAGCAUGGACGCGGACGAUAUCAUUUAUUUGUCGUCCGUCCCGGCCAAGGCUCCGUGCCCGCAGGAGCCCCUGGAGGUUAUUGAUCUCACUGAAGAUGACUGCUUUAUUGUGAAAACAACAACAUACAGUGACUUGGAUGUGAUUGAUCUGAUAGAGACUGAGAAUAUGAUAGUCAGCCCUCUUCAUGAUAGUGGCUACAUCCCUCAAGACGUAAAGCACUCCCCUCCAGUCAGUAACCAGCCUAAAGGAUUUCCUAAAAUUCUUACUACAGCAGACCCUGAGAUCCGACUUGGUGCACCUACUGGAACAUGGAAUGGAGACAGUGGUUCAGUUUACUUCAAGAAAGAGCCAGUGGAGACACCCUGUUUCCAAAACAGCAGCUUCUCUCCCACCACCAACUGUGGUCAGGACUUGGAAAACAGUAGUCGCACCACUUAUAACAGUGAUUUGGGCUCCUUGGGAAGUCCUCAACUGGAAUCAGACAUUUUUUCCUUUUCUUCAACCAACGAGAGCAAUGAAUGUCAAAUGUUCCAGGACUAUAUAGAAGAGUCUCCCAAACCUUGCACACCUGACAGAGCUCCCAGCCCGCAGCCCUCACCGCUGCAUCAGAAACAUUCCCCAAGUCCAUCCCCCUCCUACUCUCCUGUGGAUACUUCCCCAUUCCAGACAGAAAUUGUCCAGUCUUUGCUAGAGGCAAAGAACCUAGCACCAAAUGCUGUGACACUGAACGUCCAGCAACCAGCUAAGAGGAUUGACAUCAGGGUUUGGUUGAAAACGUUGCAGUAUUUCCAGGGAUUGCCUGUACAUCAUCCCUUUCUCCAAAGUGUGAUGCGGGAAGCAGCACAGAACAAGCAGCUGAAAGCAAAGCCUAUCCCAUGUCGGAAACUGUCCAUGGUCUCCAGCACUAUUGAAGAGAACUUCUUCCACGGAACGUUGGACUCCUUAAUGGAUUAUGUGUCCUCCCAGUACUAUCCUCCAAAAGAAGUCACCUCAUGUGUGGUGAGGAAGAUCCUGCUGGGCCCAAAGUAUGAAAACAUACAGGAAGAUAUACGGAAGGAUGCUUACACAUUGUUGGUGAAAAUUCAAGCACUUCAUCCCGCAAAGGUUGACACUGUGGUAUGGGAUUGGCCAUUGCUACGUGAAGUCAUGGAAGAAGAGGAAGGAAAAUUUCCUGGACGACUCCUGUUCUUGCAGUAUGUAAUCCAGACCUUAGAAGAUGACUUCCAGAGAACAAUCAGAAUCGGCCUUCUGCACAGAUCCAUUGCCAAAGCAGUGCUUUCCUGUGAUUACUGUUCCAGUAACAUAAAGGAAGUGGUUGAAUGGUUAAUAUCUGCAGUCACUGAAGUAAAGCUUUCCGAAUGCAGAAGACAUAAUUCAUUAGAAACAUCCCAGGACAACAGCAGCAGCUCCACACGACAUUUGCACCUAGACCAGAGUACACAAAGGGAAGAUGCCUCUUUGCCAUGGCAGACUGAAACGGAAAUAGCACUUUUACAGAGGAUGCUGUCUAUAGCUGUGGAAGUGGACAAGUCUCCAAACUGCAGUGCCCACAAGAUUGCCCAUAUUGUUUUUUCUUCAUUGUUGAAUAUUCCGAAGCGCUGCCAGAGGGAAGCCUUUCUAAGCAGCAUGGAAUGCCAUCUCCUACGAUGCAGAGUGCUGGAGCUCCUUUUUAAGCAUAGUACUGUUCCCACUAAGGGUCCCUUGUCUUUGAACAGGAUUUUAAAGUUGCUGCAAAGCUUUUCUCUACCACUAAUAUACCAGGACAAUGGAGCAACGUGGCAGGGGUGGGAUGAGAUGCUUUACCAUUUGAAUUUGUUGUUGCAGAGUUAUUGCAGCAUAAUCCUAGGGCACUUAAGAAGCCCAGUCUAUGAACGGAUCAAUUUAAUUAUAAAGGGUGCUAAACCCAAAUUACAGUCACAAGACUAUAUUAAAGAAAGUGAUGUAAAGUGCAGAAUUCAAAGCUUCAAAAAGCAUCUUUCUAAAACUAUUCAGCAGCCAAUCCCAUCAUCCAUCAUAGAAAAAAUAGAACUACUUCAGAUACAGCUACUUACUGCUCUGGAUAUCUAAAGGAUGACUGCUGGACUGCUAAAAAGAGGAGCUUCUUUCAAGCAGAAAUACCAAACUAUGAAUUUCAAAUAAUUCUCAAAAGAAACACUGGUUUCAAUCCCAUUUUUACAUUGUUGUGAGAUUGUCAAAGCAAUUGAAAGUCUUCAGUUUAGCCUGAAAUUGGUCUGUGACUGUUUCCAUGUGGAUUUUGUACUGCUUUUGUAAUAAAUUAUUUUAUUACUUAUA